AUGGCGGCGACGGAGGGGCAGUGGGUGCUCAUGGCAACGGGGCGGACGCCGACCAACAUUGCGGUGAUCAAGUACUGGGGAAAGCGGGACGAGGCGCUCAUCCUCCCCGUCAACGACAGCAUCAGCGUCACGCUCGACCCCGACCACCUCUCCGCCACCACCACCGUCGCCGUCAGCCCCUCAUUCCCCUCCGACCGCAUGUGGCUCAACGGCAAGGAGAUCUCGCUGUUAGGAGGAAGGUUUCAGAGCUGCCUCAGAGAGAUCAGAAAGCGUGCUCGUGACUUCGAGGACGAGGAGAAGGGCAUCAAGAUCAAGAAAGAGGACUGGGGGAAGUUGCAUGUCCACAUAGCCUCGUACAACAACUUCCCCACGGCUGCUGGUUUGGCCUCUUCGGCUGCUGGACUUGCUUGUUUCGUUUUCACCCUUGGAAAGCUGAUGAACGUGAAAGAAGAUUAUGGAGAACUUUCUUCAAUAGCAAGGCAGGGAUCUGGGAGUGCAUGCCGCAGUAUAUAUGGUGGUUUUGUGAAAUGGUGUAUGGGAGAAAAAGAUGAUGGAAGUGACAGUAUUGCCAUGCAGCUUGCUGAUGAAACACAUUGGAACGAUCUUGUAAUUAUUAUUGCAGUGGUCAGUUCAAAGCAGAAGGAAACCAGUAGCACCAGUGGGAUGCGUGAUAGUGUUGAAACAAGUCCCCUCUUGCAGUACAGGGCCCAGACAGUAGUGCCAGGUCGUGUGUUGAAAAUGCAAGAGGCUAUCAAGAAUCGGGACUUUGAAUCCUUUGCCAAAUUAACUUGUGCAGAUAGCAACCAGUUUCAUGCUGUAUGCUUAGACACGAGCCCUCCCAUCUUCUAUAUGAAUGACACAUCACACCGGAUAAUUAGCCUUGUGGAAAAAUGGAACCACUCAGAAGGAACCCCACAGGUUGCUUACACCUUCGAUGCUGGGCCUAACGCAGUCCUAAUUGCACAAAACCGUAAAACUGCAGCACAUCUCCUCCAGAAGCUCUUAUACUAUUUCCCCCCACAGGAUAAGGAUUUGAGCAGCUAUUUGGUUGGUGAUAAAUCGAUUCUAGGUGAUGCUGGAGUGCAUUCCAUGGAAGAUGUGGAAGCUCUUCCAGCACCUCCAGAGAUGAAGGUACCGGAUCAGAAAUUCAAGGGUGAUGUUAGCUACUUCAUCUGCAGCAGGCUUGGGGCUGGUCCAAAGGUUAUUGCCGACGAAAGUCAAGCAUUGAUUGAUUCAGUCACCGGACUUCCAAAAGGGGUGUAA